GCCGUUGCUAGAGCGGUACUGGUAGGUGUUCUGUGCCUCAACGACCAGGCGCGGGCUUGUGUUGACAAGGUUGACAAGGAAGGUACAACCAAGGUGGUGCGCCCGUGUCUCGUUUGACGACACUGUGACAGCUUGCCACUGGAAUCAAACAAGUGUUUCUGAUGCACAUAAUGCGACUAAUGAUAUCGUAGUACAUGCUCAAGGGAGUGGUAGGAACGAGGAAACCAGUGCAAAAUCACGCCCGUAGGAAUCCAUGCUGGGGUGAGGACGUGGUCACUGCGAUACUUUGCUCGGUAUCAGACGUUUGUCUGAGCGAGACGCAAGUCUUUGCAUCAUUGCACUCCAAAGUCGGGUGAACCAUGGCAGCAAUGCAACGAGUAUGCCAGUUCCGCAGGGCUUCCAACGCCUGCAGUCGCAUCUGCGGUGCACAUCGCUUAUCCUUUCACGAGAACGUCGUUCUGCCAGUCUGUGCAUGCCUGCAAGCCAAUGUGCGGCUGCUGUCCUCAUCGAAGCAACGCUCAUAUUCAAACAGCACACCCGGAUCAGUAGACAUCUCUUCACCGGAGUACCAGUUCCUGGAACGCAGUAUCCUGCCCACGAUGUGUUUUCAGAAGAGCCUUCCUCGACUGCCGAUUCCAAAACUGGAAAAAACUUGCGAGCGUUACCUGAAUGCGUUGGAGCCUCUGGUUUCUCCAGAAGAUUUGGAGAACACUCGUGUUCUUGUUCAUGCCUUCAAGAAUAAUGAGGGUGCAGAACUGGACAGCCUGCUGAGAAGGAAGGACAAAGCCAACAAGCAAACCAGCUACAUCUCAGCUCCUUGGUUUGACAUGUACCUGACUUCUCGCAAACCUCUCCCACUCAACUUCAAUCCAUUUAUGGCAUGGAAAGAUGACAAGCGGCCAGGCUACAUGGAUCAGACUGUUCGUGCAUCCAACAUGGUGAUAUCUUCUCUGCGCUUCUUGCGGUCCCUGCAGACAAAUCAGCUGGAGCCUAUGGUGUAUCACCUCAAUGCCAAAAAGAGUGACACACAGGCAUACAGGCGUACCAUCAAAAUGCUGCCAGAAGCCUUGACAUGGUAUGCAAGUGCUCUGCUGUGGAAGGCCUACCCACUUGACAUGAGCCAGUUUCACAACCUUUUUGCAAGCACACGGAUACCACUGCUUGUGCGUGACAAAAUUGAGGUGUUUCCGAACUCCAGGCAUAUACUCAUCAUCCGCAAUGGCCACUUCUAUGCACUUCAGGUUUUAGAUGAUAAAGGCAACCUGUUUGGACCUGGACAUUACCAAGCAUGCCUAAGUCACAUCAUGACCGACAGUCGGCCUGCACCUACUGUUCCCGUAUCUGCGCUGACAGCAGGACCUCGGGAUGACUGGGCGAGGGCGCGUAGUGAACUCCUGGCUGCUGGAAAUGAGAGCACACUACGACAAAUUGACAGCGCCCUGUUCGUGCUGGUGCUGGACAGUGAAGCAUUUCAGGGCACAGAACAAGAGAAGAUAGCUCACCAUUUUCUACAUGGCCCAGUUCACAACAGGUGGUUCGACAAGUCUUUUUCACUGCUUCUUACAGCAGAAGGGCAUGCAGCUAUUAACUUUGAGCAUUCGUGGGGUGAUGGAGUGGCUGUACUGCGCUACUUUAACGACGUAUUCACUGACAGCACUGAGCGGCCUUACGUUCACCCCGGAGAGUCUGCAAUUAUCAAUCCUGAGCCCUACAUUCAACGGCUCGACUUUAUCGUCAAUGAUUCUGUGAAGGCAGAUGUGCAGAAAGCCCAGCAAAAUUACGAGGAAAAUACAGGCAACCUCCAGUUGGCUGCUAUGGUUCACUCAGGCCUUAGCAGAGAGCUUAUCAAGCAGAGCAAGCUCAGUCCGGAUUCAGUCAUGCAGCUCUCUUUUCAGCUGGCCUAUUUCCUGGCACACGGAGGCACUGCGGCCACCUAUGAAUCGUGCAGCACGUCUGCUUUCAAGCACGGGCGAACAGAAACAGUGCGGCCCGCAACAAUGGCCACAAAACGUUGCGUAAACGCACUCAGUUCGAACAAAGACCUCAAGCAUGCUAGACCUCUGCUGGAGGAGUGCUCUAGAGUUCACAACCAGCUCACAAAGGAGGCCGCCAUGGGUCAGGGGUUCGACCGCCACUUGUUUGCCUUGAGAGUCCUGGCUGAAGAGAAGGGGCGGGCUAUGCCCGCAAUUUACAGAGACAAAUGCUUCGAAAAAGCAAACCACUUUGUCCUUUCAACAUCCACCUUACAUGGUGUGGCUUUCAGUGGUGGAGGCUUUGCACCUGUCGUGCCAGACGGCUACGGCAUCGGCUAUGGCAUGGUUGAUGACAAGUUGGGAGCGCUGGUCAGUGCUUACAGCCCACAUCGGGACGCCAGGAAUUUCUCAGCGUGCAUGGCUGAAGCUCUAGAUCGUAUUUGUAUUGCCAUGAAGUGCACCUAGGUAGCGAUAGUAUUCUUUAAGUGAAGACUGUUGAUAAUGCAUUCCUCUAAUUUUUGGUUUAAUUUAAAGUAAUAGCUGCCACUUCACUAACAAGAAGUGAGCAUAGGGGCUCAAUCACUUUUUGUAUUCUUUGUGUAAGAUGGUAUUGACAAUUUCGUGGAGCAUACGGUGUACAGUGUCAUUCAGUACAGCAUCUAUGGUUAUCGUGUACCAUUUUAAACUACAUUACGAACCAGUGUUGUGAACAAAUGAAUGCAACGUACAUUUUAAGUAGCACACGAGAGCACGGACAUACAUAGUACAUACAUGUAUAUAUUGAUGCUUUGUACACUUGUAAAAGACAAUAAAAAGUAUUUUUUGAUCAGGGUGCU